AUGAUAAUGCUGAGGCUCGGUUGCCGGCAACCAUUGCAACAAUGUUGCAAAGCUCCCACAAACUGUCAGCCUGCAACGUGUCUUGUUGCAGCCCGCGGUCUAGUGACGAUUCCUUUUGAAGAGCUGCGUUCCCGCAUAUCGAUUGACAAGGGUUGGCAGACACGAGAUGCCUACGCUGGCUGCCAACUUGCCACACUCAGCCCGCAGUCGCGCGGGCACGUUCUAGAAAGAGCAGUGAGGUCGAUCUAUGCCCAGCUGCAGCCAGGUUGCGUGAUCUCGGAUCCCACGCCUGGCCAAAGAUGCGAUGGUAGGCGACGCUCACUGCAUCAAGCUGAAUAUGAUUGGAUGUGCGACGCCCGAAGAGUGGAAUGCAAGACUGGUCAGCUGUGCUGGAGCGAGAAGCACAGCGUUUGGACUGUUUCCUUCCACAAUAUAAAGUUUGAGCUUCUGGACGAGCUACUUUUAAUCAUGUACACUCCAUUUCGUAUCCACUUGCUUCUGCAUGACCAUAAAAGCGGCGUCAGUUGCACAGGAAGUAGAGCUGCGUCGCGCGGUGUUCGGGUGAAGUACAGCUCUCCGAAACACGUACGCUCAUGCGCAGCUGCCACCCAAGCCAUCCUUGAGCAGUUUGCCUGCCAGCUGGUGGCAAGCGAACCGACGUCACACGAGGCAGUCCAACAGGCUUACGGCCACUACGGUCGCUCUAUGGCAGCUCAAAAAGCCUCAGCUGCGUUUCGAGACCAUCCGCUUGGAGGCAUGACCCCCACUGCUCGUGGCAUGUACAUCGAGCAGCUUGUUUGGGAGGUGGACAGAAUGCUCUACCCAAGCAGUCAUUUCCGAUCGCAGCUGCACACUGCAAGACAGGAUUGGUUUCGAGACAACUUGCGUGUAGAAUGCAAGCACGGACGGUUGUAUUUAUCUGCAGGGAGGUGGACUUGUAGGUUUUCAGCAAUCAAAUUUCAGAGCUUUGACAGCCUGUACUUGGCCAUAGACAGCCCAGCUGGCAUCUUCAUCUUGCAACAUGCCGGAGACAAGUUCCGCAGCACAAGUGGAGUCGAGACAGCGCAUAUGGGUGAGAACAUUGCUGUAAGAGCCCCGAAACGUGUCGUGGAUUGCCAUGAGGCAGCCCAGAUCGUGGUUGACAAGCUCGUGCAAACCGGAAGCAAACACCUUGCAACAAUUCACUUCCACGGCAGUGGCAUCUCCCAGCUGCCUACGGGAAAUAUGCCUGUGUGA